AUGCCCAUCUUUAGGGCGCUGCUCUCUCGCCGUGCUUUUGCCUACGCGUCGGUAGCAGCGGCGACAUCCGCUGCAGGCGGGUACUACUACCUCAACUCGGGUCCGUCAUACCCACCCUCCACCGUUCGAAAUCGCAGACCACCUCCACCAUGGAUACCUCCGUCACGGAAGGAUAUGCUAGAUGCACUGCGCGCAUCAAGUGCUGGCGGUGAACAUGAGUUUGACUUGCUUAUUGUUGGAGGAGGAGCAACUGGGGCUGGUGUGGCGGUCGAUGCGGCAACUCGUGGUCUGAAGGUCGCACUUGUUGAACGCGACGACUUUAGUUCCGGAACUUCGUCAAAGUCGACGAAGCUUGUUCACGGUGGCGUACGCUAUCUCCAGAAGGCCGUUAUGGAACUCGACUAUGAACAAUACAGGCUUGUGAAGGAGGCUUUGCACGAACGGCGUAUAUUUCUUGAGACGGCCCCGUAUCUCUCACAUAUGCUGCCCAUCAUGCUACCCGUGUAUAAGUAUUGGCAGGUGCCUUACUAUUGGGCCGGAUGCAAAUUGUACGAUAUACUCGCAGGAAAGGAGAAUAUGGAGUCCUCAUACAUCAUGAGCAAGGGAAAGGCACUUGAAGCUUUUCCGAUGCUCAAACAAGAAGGUCUCGUUGGUGCUAUUGUAUAUUAUGAUGGCCAGCAUAACGAUUCACGUAUGAACAUGGCUCUCAUUAUGACUGCUGUCCGUCAUGGUGCUAUUGUUGCGAAUCACGUCGAGGUCUCCCAGCUCGAGAAGGAUCAGAAUACGGGAAAGCUCAAGGGUGCUGUUGUAAAGGAUGUACUGACAGGAAAGUCCUGGCCUGUUCGUGCCCGUGGUAUCAUCAAUGCAACCGGCCCGUUCGCUGAUUCGCUCCUCGCACUGGACAACCCUGAACAUCAACCAAUAGUCGCACCGGCUGCUGGAGUGCAUAUCACGCUUCCUAAUUACUACGCGCCACGAAAUAUGGGUUUGCUCGACCCAGCGACUUCCGACGGACGUGUGAUUUUCUUUUUACCUUGGCAAGGUUCUACUAUAGCGGGGACAACUGACAGUCCUUGCGCAAUCGAGCCUGAACCACGCCCACGCGAGGAAGAUGUCGAUUGGGUCCUCGAUGAAGUAAGGCAUUACCUCUCCCCAGACAUCAAAGUACGUCGCGGAGACGUACUUUCAGCAUGGUCAGGAAUUCGCCCGUUAGUGCGUAACCCGAAUGCGGCGAGGACGGAAGGCCUCGUACGGAAUCAUAUUGUUCACGUCUCACCCUCUGGACUCCUUACUAUUGCUGGUGGAAAAUGGACUACCUAUCGCAAGAUGGCGGAGGAGACCGUCGACAGGGCUGUGGAAACAUUUUCUCUUCAGGAUCGCGCCAAGUCUGGUUGCGUGACAGAGAAGGUUCAUUUAGAUGGUUCGGAUGGUUGGACGCGCAACCAGUUUAUUGGACUCGUCCAGCGAUAUGGCGUUGAUGCAGAUGUUGCGCGGCAUUUAUCGGAGAAUUACGGUGACCGCGCUUGGUCAGUCUGUGCCCUCGCAGCAGCCGAAGACGAACAAAGUCAAACCGACACUACAGCUUCGUGGCCAAUUUCCGGAGUACGUCUCGUUCAGAACGCAGAUGGCGGUGCACAGUAUCCGUUCAUCGAAGCGGAGGUGCGGUACGCUGUCCGACACGAAUACGCACAAACUGCUGUCGACGUCCUAGCUCGUCGUACGCGACUAGCGUUCCUCGAUGCGCACGCUGCAUUGCAUGCGCUGCCUCGCGUUGUCGAGAUACUAUCCGAGGAGCUUGGGUGGGAUGCAAGGCGACGAAGAAAGGAACUAGAACGUGGAGUUGGUUUCCUGAGGAGUAUGGGCCUUGCAUAUCUCCCGUCGGAUGCGGAAGUAGCCAAAUCGUUAGACACGGCUCCGCACUCUUUCUUCGAGACACUUCGCUCGGCGCUCAGCUUUAGUCCAAGAGCCACUGCUACCAUCACUCCCGCUACAGCACCGGAAUAUACACGCUCGCAUGUCUCUUCCACUGAACUCUCAGACCUUCGCUCAGCUUUCAACUCACACGCUGAUUCCAACACCACUCGUCUCCCCGCUUCUUCUCUAAAGCCCCUACUCCUCUCGCUUGGUGAGGAUUACGCGAAGGUACGAGAUGACGACGUACGAUACGUCCUUGCUGAAGCUGGAUUGGAUGCAAGGACAGAUUACGACUUUCAUGAGUUCGUGGAGAUUUGUACGGGAUUGAGGGAGAUUCUUUUCCGGCCUAGCCUUGUGAAGAAGCAGGUGACGGGUGGGAAGAAGAGGAGAGAUAGGAUGGUUAUACCUGUUGAGAAGAGUGGUGGUGGUGUGUAG